AUGGACGAGGAGGGCGACGCGGAGGAGGACAAGGAACGAGAGCAGGGAGGAGACGAGGGGAGAGAAUGGGAAGUGAGGGAGGAAGAGGGGGGAGAAGAGGGAGAAGAGGGGGAAGAGUGGGAAGAGGAGGGGGAAGGCGACAUGUACAGUGUUCGCGCGCGUUCUGUUACGCAGGCUUUCCCAAUGUCCGGUUCACUCCAAGGAGAAUCAAUGCACACUCGUAACAAUAAGAGCCUCUUUCCGAAGUCGUUAUCUGGCCCUAACUUCCAAAUCGCUUUCGCUCCGCCCGCUCCUUCCGCCCGCCGAUUCCUCCACCACUCCUCCGCCCCCCGCUCUGCAGCCUCCGCGCAUCCCGCGACGCCCCCAGGAGCGGAAAGCCGCGCGCUUCCCCCUACGGCGGGGGCUCAGGGAACGCUGCUCCGCAAGUCCUCCGCUCCCCCUUUGCGCUCCUCUGCCCCCGCUACCCGAAUUUUCGCGGAAACAUACGCGCCUGGCUGGGGUUCCUUCAGCGAACUCGCGGAAAAUAUCAGCGCCAGCACCGCGGAAUCUGCUGCAGGGACCAUAGCGGGUACUCCUGUAGGGACUGCCGCAGACGCUGCUGCAGGAAUCGCUGCAAGAAAUCCACCCGGAAACGCGUUUAGAGAUGCCACUUUAACGCGCAGACGCACAGUGGGGGCGAUGCCGGUUUUCGGGAGCCAAUUGGUGUCUGACACGUGGGGCAGCAGCGGAGAGGAAGAGGAAGAAGGGGGGGAGGAACAGGAGCAGGGGGAAGGGAGAAAUGUGGAGGAAAAGGUAACAGAGCGGGGGCAAUGGCAGACGCAAAAGGGGGACGCCGGGGGGAACGAUGGUAGGCGGAAAGGGAGCAGGCGGCGGAAAGGGGAAAGAUGGAAAAGCGGUCCUCUGCUGAGCUCGUCCGCUGCUGCUACUGUGACUGCUGCAGCAGCAUCAGCAACAGCAGCAGCAGCAGCAGCAGCGUUUCCGCCUUCCUCAAGCUUCUCUGACCGCAUUUCUCACUGCCUGCAGCAGCAGCAGCAGCAAGUGCAGCAGCAGGCGUGGCGGCGAAAGCUGAGUGUUGAAACGAUAGCAGGCCUCAUAGUUAGCACUGACUCUAGGGCAGGAACUGGGGAAGACAAAUCAGCUGCAUUAACUGCAGCUGAGCCUGUCUCAGUAGGAAGCUUCGCAGAAGGAGCAGCGCCAUUGACCCCACAAACGCCUGCGCCGGGGGGCAGAGGGCUGUGUUCAGUUGAGCAGCGUCGCACGCUGCACCGGCCCAGGUGGAGUGUGGCAGAAGCAGUAGUAGAGAACUUGACUGGCAGGGCGUGCGAUGUGGCGGAGGGAGAGUGCGAUGGGGCGGAACGAAAGCAUGGUGGGGCGAGGUGCAUGGGGCACGAUGUGUUGAAUGAGACGGGUGCAGAGUCCGUGCGCGAGCGUGGUAAUGCUACCAGUCACACAUGCGCGCAGCUUGAUGGGUGUGAUGGGCGUCUGCAGCAGCAAGGGCGGAAGGGGCAGCACGGGCAGCAGCACGGGCAGCAGCAGGGGCAGGAGGAUUCAAGGGAGAAGAGGCGAGCAGAGCAGGAACGAACUCCGCAGGGGCAUGGGAAGGCACGCAGCGGGCCACUGCAGUCUCCGAGGGGUGAGAGGCGGUCAGUGCACUGGCGGAGUGGCAGUGCUGUUGAACGCUCACGUUCCCAUGAACAAUCGCACUCCCACUCGCACUCACUAUCCCACUCACACUCCCACUCGCACUCACUAUCCCACUCACACUCCCACUCGCACUCACUAUCCCACUCACACGCUUCCUCCCUAACAACUCCUUCAUGUGAAGGGUCGGAGAAAAAGGACUCACGAAAUGAAGAGAGGUAUGCGAGGGCAGGUGAGGGAUCCGAAGCCAGAGUGGAGGAAGGGAAGGGGAAGGGAGGGGUAGGGAGGCACGGGCGCAGCAGGAGCCUGGUGACUCUCAGAGCCAAGCAUCACAGCAGCACCAGCACCGCUUCUGGUGAUGACCUAGGUGGAGCAGACCUCUUCCCUGCAGCUGUGCCUGGCUCGUUCCUCUUGGCUGCCUCUGCGGCUGCCUCCGCUGCUGCCUCGGCUGCAGUGUGUGCGGCAAGCUCAGCAAGCCGAGUGGUGCUGCAGAAGAUGCAAGGGCCAGGGUCGUCUAGUCAGGGCUCGGCUACUGCUACAAGGGCUGCUCGUAGCAGCAGCAGCGGGGAUGCGGUGAGGAGGAGGAAAGUCAGGAGCGUGAGCAGCAUUGGGUUAGACUUCCAGCCUCACACACUCAUUCCCAGCGGUAGCAGCAGCAAGGGGAAGGGUUUCACCAGGCACAGGCGUACUCUGAAUGGUGGUGAGGAGGGUGGGGAGGAGGAUGGGGCGGAUGGUGGGGACAAGGGUGGGGAGGAGGGUGGGGAGGAAAGUGGGGAGGAGGGUGGGGAGAAAGUUGGGGAGGAAGGUGGGGAGGAAGGUGGGGAGGAGGGUGGGGAGGAAGGUGGGGAGGAAGGUGGGGAGGAAGGUGGGGAGGAGGGUGGGAACGAGGAGGCUGAAGAAUCGCGAGGGGUUAGGAGUGGAGAUGACAGCGGAAGUGAGGGAAGAGAGGGUUUACAGGGAGAGGAGGUAGAAGGAGAGUGGGGAGGAGGGGAGAAGGCCACACCACGGCCAGUCACCGCCUCCCUUGCUUCCUCAAUCACUCCACCUCCGGCCCAGCCCAUCAACUCAACAUCCCCCAUCAACCCAGCGCCUCGUGAACCCUCGCCCUCUCGCCUUGCCACUGCUGUGACUCGCCAGCCCAGCGCUGCUCGCAGUUUUUUGCAAGAGCUGAGUGCCAGCGGGCUGCAGCAGCGAGUGGGCAUGACUGGUGAGGAGACUCAAGACCCUUCCCAGCCGCGUCCAGCCACUGCUGUGACUCGCCAGCCCAGUGCUGCUCGCAGCUUUCUGCAGGAGCUGAGUGCGAGCCAACCCGAGGGGGUGUGCAUGGCUUCUGAUGCGUCUCGGAAACCCUCACCCUCCCGCCCAGCCACUGCUGUGACUCGCCAGCCCAGUGCUGCUCGCAGCUUCCUGCAAGAGCUCAGUGCCAGCCGGCCACAGGGAGUGGGCAUGGGGGCCAGCAGAGAGGGGGGGCGAGGGAACGGUGGGAAUGCUGUGAAAGCAAGUGGUGUGGAAAGAAUCGGAGACGGUGCUGUGAACAGUGACCCUCCUGAAGGCGGUCAGUACAGAGGCGGCAGGCGGCGUUCCUUGUCUCCAUUGGGACCGCAGCCGUCCGCCAGUAGCCCAGGUGCCAGCGCAGUGGCUGAUUUCAGGCCUGCUGCCGGCAGUGGCACGCACUGGCAGCAGUGGCAGCAGCAGCAGCAGCAGCAGCACCCCCGAGGGCACCUGGUCCGAGCUCACAGCACAGCAGUGCCUCAUGCGAGCUGGGCAGCAGCAACAAGCUCCUCUGACGUGUACAGGCAGGAACACUACCCUUCAUCACACCUGGUCCGCGCUCACAGCAGUGCAGCGCCUCAUGGGAGCAGUGCAGCAGCAGCAAGUGCGACUGGCAUGCAUAGGGAGCAGCAGCUACACUCACAGAUGCGGCUGGCCCGUGCUCACAGCACUGCCGCUCCUCAAGAUAGCAGGGCAGCAGCAGCAGGAGGUUCCGCUGGCGUGUACAGGCAGCAGCAUCUCUCUUCUCCCCAGCUGGCCCGUUCCCACAGCACUGCAGCAGGACAAGGGAACAGUGCAGCAGCAGCAAGUGCAGUCGCAGCAAGAGCUGCUGGGAUGCCUUCAGUGCAUGUUCCUCGAAUCCCGUUUCUUCCACACGUGCGGCCAGCACCACUUCGUAGCACUAGUAUGAGCUUGGUGGGUGAGUCUAUACAGGGGAUGAAUGCGGAUAGGCAGCUUAUACAGGGGAUGGAUGGAGAGAGGCGGUUUAUACAGAGGAUGAGGAGCGGAGGGAUGGUAGGAGUCAGGGCAGAGGGCUUGGAUGGUGGAAGGGAAGGAGCAGGACGAGGAGGAAGGGGAGGGAGGGGAGAAAGAGGAGGUAGGGGAGGGAGAGGAGGGGGGGGGAGAAGAGGUAUUGGAGAUGGGAGGGCGGUGCGGCCAGUGACUGCUGGAGGAAGCAUGAAUGUGUUGGUGAGGCAUGGCAUGAAUGGUAGUGGGGACAUAGGUGGUGCUGCAAGCUUGGGUGAUGGUGCAGGCAUGGGAAGCAGAGUGGGUGCUGGAAGGAUGGGGCCUUUGCAUCAUGCACAUAUGAACAGGAUGGGUAUGAGGCGGUGUGGCAGCUUGAACAUGAGUGCUGACAUGGACGUGUCUUAUUGGCCUCCUCACGCUGAUGACAUGGACGAGUCCCAAGAAGAAUUGGAUGCUGACGUGGAUGGAACGUGGGGUGGAGGUUUGGGAGCUGGAUGGGGGGGUGCUGCUGAGUCAGCAGCGUGGAACCACGGGCCUGCUUAUGUUAGCAUGCCACAGCGCCCGUACUCUUCUGGGGGGCAUACCGUGGGUGUGGCUAGUAGGGGACACAUGGAAGCUGCACCAUUGAGCUUUGGGGGAUCGGAUGUGUCCAUGGGGGGGUAUGCUAUGGCAAUGAGUGGUGGUAGAGCGAACCCGCACGCGAGGGACAUGGGCAUGGGUAUGGCCAAGGUGGGCCUUCAUAGACACAUGAGCAUGAGCAUAGCCCCUCAUGUAUCGCAAUAUGGAAGUAGGAUGGCUGGCUAUUGUGAAGAUGAGGAUGCGGAUGAGUGUGGAAGGGAUUCGGCUCGUUUUGGUGAGUCUGCAUCACGGAGGUACAACUGUGGCCUUGAUAGGAGCAGCAGCUCAGUAGCGUUUUUUUCCAUCAGAUUAGUUUCCGAUCUACUGUGCUCUAGUCUGUUCAGAGAGUAA